UCCACGACGGUUAAAACAGACGUUCAUAAAAUGCUGCUUGGGUUUGAGAUAAACAGGCGUUACGCGUAACGCUAGCGUAACGUAGAGGACUGAGCCUUACUUUUACCCUGUCAGUUACAUAUUCAGUUCCAGUUACACAGCCGCCAUCAACUGCUCUGAAACGUAAACAAACUACAAAAACAACCGCACCAGUCGCACGUUCGGCUGUGUUGGCGCAACUUUAACAAACUAAUUCGGUUCAAUCGCUUGUAUGCAGAACGGGUGGCGAUGCGAUCGACCAUACUGCCUAGCAAAUCAUUGUACAUAAUUAACAACGGAAAGCACACCAGCCCACGAUGAAUCCAAUGACAAACAUGAAAAAUGUCACCAAGCUCAGUGAGCAGGAUUUGAAACUGGGCGGCAAAAGCUCGUGGCAUGAUCAGUACAAGUCGAGCGCUUGGAUCUUCGUCGGCGGCCUGCCUUACGAUCUUACCGAAGGCGACGUCCUGUGCGUGUUUUCGCAGUACGGGGAGAUAGUGAACGUCAACCUGGUGCGCGAUAAGGCGACCGGCAAGUCGAAGGGGUUCGCUUUCAUUUGCUACGAAGACCAACGGUCAACCGUCCUGGCGGUGGACAAUCUGAACGGCAUUAAGCUCGUGGGCAAAACGCUCCGCGUCGACCACGUGCAAGACUACCGGCCACCGAAGGAGACGGACAAAACGGACGACGAGACGCGCCAGCUAUACAUGGAAGGAUGCGCACCGAAGGCAGAACACCCGAGACCAGAAAAGCAAAAGGACCCAACGGUGAAGUCGGAAAAGCGCCACAAAUCGAUCAAGAAGGAAUGAGACAAGCGAUGCACAAUAUCCACAGUUUUGAUAAAUAGAUUAAGGUACACAGUCUGA